CCGCCCCUUUUAUCCUAAUCAUCCAAUGAGCUGCGGGAUCAGCACUUCCGGUCCUUCACACAGACACAUGUCAACUAGCCGCUAGCUCAAUGAACUCCACAAAUAGAGGCAGAAAACCGAACUAUAAAGAUGGUUCACUUGAGUAGAAUUUGCCUCCGGAAGUAUGGAAAUUUUGUGGACAACAUCCGUCUGUAUGUCCGUGGCGGCAGUGGUGGCAUGGGUUUACCCCGUAUGGGGGGACAGGGAGGGGAAGGGGGAGAUGUCUGGGUAGUGGCUUCAAAGGACAUGACCCUGAAGAAGAUAAAGGACAAGUACCCCAUGAAACGAUUUGUAGCUGGAGAAGGAGGCAACAGCAGUGUCAGAGCUCUGAAGGGAGAGAGGGGAAUGGACAAGGAGAUUCCUGCUCCAGUCGGUGUCACUGUUACAGAAGAUGGGGGCAAAGUAAUUGGUGACCUGAAUGCUGAGGAUGAUCGUGUGAUGGUGGCAAAAGGAGGACAUGGAGGCUCUUUCUACUCUGGAUUUGAGCCCAGUAGAGGCAAAGCCAAGCACAUCAGGCUGGACCUCAAACUCAUCGCUGACCUGGGUCUGGUGGGAUUCCCAAAUGCAGGGAAAUCCUCCCUCCUGACAGCCAUGUCUAAUGCCACACCUCAGAUUGCCAACUAUGCUUUCACAACUUUGAAGCCAGAGAUUGGCAAAAUUAUGUACAAAGAUUUCAAACAGAUUUCUGUCGCAGAUCUCCCAGGGCUGAUUGAAGGGGCUCACAUCAACAAAGGAAUGGGCCACAAAUUCCUAAAGCAUGUGGAGAGGACCAAGCAUCUGCUGUUUGUGGUGGAUGUUUGUGGUUUCCAGCUGGCAAAUAAAACACCGUUCAGGUCGGCCUUUGAAGCUGUGCAGCUUCUGACAAAGGAGCUGGAGUUGUACAAGGAGGAGCUUGUGUCCAAACCUGCUUUACUGGUGGUGAAUAAAAUGGACCUGCCCGACGCAGAGGAGAAACUAGAAGAGCUGAAAGAGCAGUUACAAAACCCACACGAGUUCUCUGAUAUGCUGCCUGAUGACAUGAUACCAAAGCAUUUCAUGACCUUCAGAAACGUGGUUCCCGUCUCUGCCCACACUGGAUUUGGGGUUGAAUAUUUGAAAACCUGCAUCCGAAAAUCGCUCGAUGAAGACGCAACCAUGGCAAAUAUAGCCUUACAUCAAGAAAGACUGCGUGAACUUAGGUACCAUUCAUAGAUGCAGUUGUGUUACCCAUGACAAGAUAACGUGUUUGAGUCAGACACACAGUUUGGGAUGAUGGACAACAGGACUAAAAGACGCCCAUCAGGUGCGCAAAUGAAACUGUGACAUUAAGGGCGUAGUGACCGUCAUAGUUUUAGGCAGAUGUGACAAUAGAAACUGUGGAGUUUCAGCGUCUCUGACAAACCCUCAGAACCAAAACAUUGAAGCAUUGUGUUGACUUUCACAGGGAAAAGUUGCAGUGUGUUGUAAAAUCCAAUCCACAGUGAAGAAUAUUUACAUUUAAUCAGGAAUCCUACAUUUUAAGAGAGUGAUGAAACAUGCAUUUGAAAAGAUGCUCAAGCAAAAGUAACGUUUGCUCUUUCAAGAGAGAGGAGGACCUUUUGAUAAGUUGUUUAUUUUUAUUGUGUUACAACUGUUGUAAAUAAAAAAAUCAAGUAAGUCUCCCAAUGUACCUGUUUCUACAAUACUGAUGUUAAUAGAAAUGCAAGCAUGAACAGAUGUGUCGAUGAAAGUUUUAUUUUAUAUAAAUAUAUUACAAUACUGAAUGA